AUGGACCACAUCAUCGCACCUUUUAGAUCUAGAGUCGACUCACGCAACCACCGCCACGCGCAAUAUACACUAACAGAGAAAGAGUUGGACAGGAGAACGAAGCCGUACGAGGAAGAGGAGGAUUACGCAGACGAGCCAUUGUUGAUUAGGGAGCACAAGAGACGGACUGUCAUGAGUAACUCGCACCGGAGGUUCCAUCGAAGGGCGCCUCAGGCUGGCACCAAUGUCAAGACUGUGAACGUCGAAGUUGUUGCUACACUGGACACCGCUGGAAAUGUGGUUGCGCAGACUACUGUAACCCAACCAGACUCAACCGUUCCGACCGAGGCCAGUCAAGUGCUACCAGUCACAAACGCUACGGAUGUCUCAGCGCCGUCCGCGACACCUGAGCCAUCUGCGCCGACGGCAGCAGCGGCAACGACAGUAGCAUCCACACUAGAAGUACCAUCAAUAGCAUCUCUGCCGUCAGAGACUCAACCAACAGUACCCUCAACACCAUCCGAGCCAUCACAAGCCUCUGUGCCAUCGGUAUCCGCUGAGCCAACCGUGGCUACUGUCGUCGCUCUGCCCUCCGUGGCAUCUGUCCCAGCCGUGUCCAGCGUGUCUCUUCCAUCGGUUCCGUCCGUACCAGCAUUUCCAAGCACCCUGACAGUGCCCGCCUAUCCGUUUGCUUCUUCAAGCGUUGGGGCAGUUGUCGCCGAUGCAGUCGCUGCAUCGUCUUCAGCAUCAAGUGCUGCGGCUAGCAUUGAACCAUCUAUUGUUGCCGCACUGACCGCAGCAAGCACUACGAACUCCACGGUAUCCAGCAUCUCCAGCACUACUUCGUCGAUUGCCUCGUCAAUACUUGCCUCUUCGCCCACACUACUCUCCACCAUGAUGGCCGCAUCACGAACUGCCAUCUCAUCCGGUACCUCGCCCUCAGUAUCUUCGCAAUCAGGUUCCUCACCGUCAACUGCUGGCUCCUCGAACCGCGCCACACCGACAGACGGUGGUCCCGGCUGGGCUGGGGGCAGUGGAGCUGCGACAGCAGGCUCACCCGCAAGUGGCACUACGCCUCUUGACACUCCACGGGUUGUGGGUAGUGUAGUGGGCAGUUUGGCUGGUGCUGCGCUCAUCCUUGCGAUCAUCUUGGUGCUGCUUCGUCGCCACAAGCGCAGGCAAGGUGGGGCACUUCAGCUCACAGAUAGCCAUCCCGCAGACAAUGAGCAGGCAAUGCGACAGGUACAGGCACCUGCCCCAGCAAGAGCCAGUCUUGUACCUUCCGCAUUUCUCAAUCGCUUUUCCGGACUCUCCAGGUCGACGGCCGACACCAGCUCGCCUACAGAGCGCAGCUUCCAAAGGGUCUCAGGACGCAAGCUGCCGUCUGCUUUCAGUGAAGGCAUGACCUCAGAUCAGUUUGCACGAGGCGGUCAUACGUCCGACCCCUUCUACCAAGACGACCAUGGCACAUGCGGCGGACCUGGAAUGAACAAGGAGUACGGCGGAGGCUUUGGCAAAGAGAUUGGCGAGACGUCUUUUACUGGCGGCGCGGGCACAUUGAAUCUUCGGCCCAGUCCGGCGAGGACACCAGUCAUUCGUCACCCCAACGAAAACCCCUUUGACGACACGAAUCGAUCCACCCUCAGCCCACCCAUGUCACCAAACCCCUUCUCGUCGCCAAACCACGAUCUACCACCUCGAGCCGCUCUCGGUAGAAGUCUCCACUCCGCCGAUGGCUCACGAAGCUCGCGCUUCACCGAAAACGUCUGA